UAACAUUUAAACCUACUUUGCAAAUAUGGCGUACAUUUCUACAAAAUGCAGUGGUAGUUAAAUUUAUACAGUUGUCAAUUCUGAAUUUUAAAUAAAAAGACAUGUAUCUAGGAUAAGACUCAUCUCUGUGAAAAAAACGAAGUUUUAACGUGAAAUGUGAAUAUUACGCAAUGUAGGGCAAAAUAAUCAUCUAAGAGUUAUAAAGGCUGUGCAGUAAUUUGAGAGUCUUCAUUGGAAGGAUAAAAUAAUAACAAAAAUGGGUAAACAAAAUAGCAAACUAAAACCUGAGGUUUUAGAAGAUCUGAAACAAAAUACAGAAUUUUCAGAUGCGGAGAUACAAGAAUGGUAUAAAGGUUUUUUAAAAGAUUGUCCUCGUGGUCAUUUAUCAGUAGAAGAAUUUAAGAAAAUAUAUGGGAAUUUCUUUCCGUAUGGAGAUGCGAGUAAGUUCGCCGAACAUGUAUUUCGAACAUUCGAUGCAAACGGGGACGGCACCAUCGACUUCCGGGAGUUCUUAUGUGCUUUAAGUGUGACUUCGCGUGGCAAGCUAGAGCAGAAACUAAAAUGGGCUUUCUCCAUGUAUGACCUUGAUGGCAACGGUUAUAUAUCACGACAAGAAAUGCUUGAAAUUGUUACUGCAAUAUACAAAAUGGUUGGAUCUGUUAUGAAAAUGCCCGAAGAUGAAUCGACGCCGGAGAAGAGAACCGAUAAAAUUUUCCGUCAGAUGGACAGAAACAAGGAUGGCAAGUUAUCUCUCGAAGAGUUUAUCGAAGGCGCGAAGAGUGACCCAUCCAUUGUACGACUGUUGCAGUGCGACCCACAAUCUCAGUGAUACCUCAAAUAUUAAAUAACUACGGUCCAACCAAGAAUCAGUUAACUCAUACCAGAACUAGGAACGUAAUUGUACAUUAUGCAUUGUUAUUGUGCUUCUAAGAAGCUAAGCGCGCAGUUCUGCGUACUUUCCGAGAGUGGCCUGCUGCUUGGCUGUUAUUUAAUUCUUCCUCUUUUGUGUUCUAUGCAGCCUUUCUAUCCAUAUCUUUCCUUACAUAGUUAUUAUAUAAUUAUUGUAACUUUUGGCGAGGUAUUUACUGUGAUUUGGACUUGGCGCAAAAGCGUUUGAUUCGACAUGGUUAGAAUUUAAGCUUCCAGUAUUGUAUUCCAUAAAGUUUAUCUCGAAGCAAAAUUGUCGGGAGUAUACAUAGAUAAGAAUAAUUUAUUGAGACGCGUUUUAUUCGCUUUAUUAGAAAUAUGAUUGAAUAUAAGUCCAUUAAUGUUUAGGCCAAAGGAGCAAUGGGAUCAGGUAUGGAUCAAUGCAUUAGUUUGACGGCUUGUCGCUUUUGCGUUAUCUCUGAAUCGCUAUUUAUAUUCAUAUGUCAUGAUAAUGUUUGUAAUUAAUAAGAAUAUUUUAAGUGAAUCGGCAAUUGAACAUGGGGACAAAACGUUAAGCUUAUAAUUGGUACCAAGAGUACACUUCUAUACUAUAAUUUUACAAAAAAACAUAAUUAAACUUUGAAUUCAUAUCUAAUAAAUAGAGGUAGAUAAUUUCUGCGUUUAAAUUGCAGCAGCUGUCGUUAAUUUCAUUGAAAACUCUAUUAUCAAAAUAAAUCGCGUGGACAUAAUGAGUCAUUUUAUUUUAAUUAUAUAGACU